UUAUGCCCAAUGUUCGUAACAGGUGAUCGUCGUUUUAGAUAUACUUGAAGUAAAACAUAUAUUAUACAUUUAUUAUAGUUGAAUCGGAUUUUAUGAUUUUUUAAACACAUUUAAAAUGAAACUAAUCCGGAUAUUUGCAUUGUCAGCAGUAGUUUUUUAUUUAACACAAGAGAAUGAAACGGAUGCGUUAAUAGCACGUAUGAUUGAAGGUGGAGCUAACUUGGCUAUAGAUAUAGGUCUUAAGUUGAUCAAAAUCCCAAUUAUGGUAGGUGGAAAAAUCGCCUGGAAAUGUAUAAAAGUGCCUACUAAGUUUGUUUGGAGUCUUGCAAAAAUUCCUUUUAAAGUUAUUAUUAGACUUGCCUGGAAAUUAUCUAAAAAACCAUUAAAAGCUAUUACGCCACAAUAUUUACAAGAUACUAUAAGACAACUAGUAACCAAAUAUCGAAAGUUGAGAAAAAAAAAGUCAAGGAUCCAUCGUUUCAAGACGGCAGUUAAUAAUAAAAUAAAGAGCUGGGAAAACAGACAAAAAAUGAGAAAACUGAGAUAUAAGAAUAAUCUUCAAAGAAAAUAAUGUAUUACCUAUAUUAUAUUGUAACGGUUUUAAUGAUUUGUUUUCUAGUAUGUUUAAAUUAAAUAGUAGUAAAAACAAUUUUUAAUGUAUAAUGUAUUACCUAUAUUAUAU